GUAAGUCACACGCAGGGGCGGACUGACCAUUUGGAAACUCGGGCACUGCCCGAGGGCCCGGGGUCAGUAGGGGGCCCCAUGAGAUGCCCCUGGUACCUUUUUCAUAGGCUUUUUUGAGUUUGGGCAAGGACAAAGGGGCCCCAUGAUCCCCUAUUGCCCGGGGGCCCCAUGAGUUGUCAGUCCGCCCCUGGUCACACGUUUGGAUGGAUGCAACUGUGAUAUGGCUUUGGAUGGGUGCGAAUUGGCAUUCUAAUACCACAUGACAUG